UGUACGUCACUGUAUAACUGCCCCCUCUCCGACUCUGUGUGUAUAUACAUGUAAACGAGCAGACGUAGCAGCCACACUCCCAAAUCCCUAACCCAAAUCGCAAUUAUAGACAAAACCUUUUUCUCACCUCAUAACUCUUUCAAUUUUUCUGCUAAAAUGGCAAUUUCACCGGAGAAAGAACAUCCAAGAGAGACGUUUGGAUGGGCAGCAAGAGACGCAUCCGCUGUCCUCUCUCCUUUCAAAUUCUCCAGAAGGGCCACAGGAAAGAAGGAUGUGACCUUCAAAGUGUUAUAUUGUGGGAUCUGCCACUCUGAUCUCCACAUGAUCAAGAACGAAUGGGGUUCCUCUAUCUACCCACUCGUUCCUGGGCACGAGAUUGUGGGAGUGGUGACAGAAGUGGGUAGCGAAGUAGAAAAUUUCAAAAUUGGAGAGAAAGUGGGGGUAGGUUGCAUGGUGGGAUCAUGUCGUUCUUGCAGUAACUGCAAUGAAAAUCUGGAAAACUACUGUCCAAAAAUGAUACUGACUUACGCCGCCAAGUACUACGACAGAACCACCACAUACGGUGGCUACUCCAACCUUAUGGUGGCCGAUGAACACUUUGUUGUGCAUAUUCCGGACAACUUGCCACUCGAUGCUGGGGCUCCUCUGUUGUGCGCUGGAAUCACAGUUUAUAGCCCACUGAAAUAUUAUGGACUUGACAAACCGGGCAUGCAUGUGGGUGUGGUGGGCCUUGGUGGGCUGGGCCAUCUAGCAGUCAAGUUUGCAAAGGCUAUGGGGGUUAAGGUCACAGUGAUCAGCACCUCCCCUAAUAAGAAAAAGGAAGCCACUGAAAUACUUGGUGCUGAUGCAUUUUUGGCCAGCCGUGACGAAGACGAAAUGCAGGCUGGCCUGGGAACAAUGGAUGGGAUCAUCGACACAGUGUCUGCAAUGCACCCUUUGCUGCCAUUGAUAGGUCUAUUAAAGUCUCAUGGAAAGCUUGUUAUGGUAGGUGCUCCAGAGAAGCCACUUGAGCUGCCUGUUUCUCCCUUGAUAUUGGGGAGGAAGAUGUUGGGAGGCAGUGGCAUUGGUGGAAUGAAAGAAACGCAAGAAAUGCUUGAGUUUGCAGCAAAACACAGUAUAACUUCGGAAGUUGAAGUGAUUCCAAUCGAUUAUGUGAACACUGCCAUGGAACGUCUUCUGAAAGCAGAUGUUAAGUAUCGGUUUGUGAUUGACAUCGCAAACACAUUGAAACCCAUCCCCUAAAUAUAUUUUGUUUUGUGAGGAUAAAGAAGAAGGUCAUUCUCCAGUUUUUGUUUGUGCACAAGAUCGUCUGUGUUGCUGUAUGGUACGACCCAAUCAUUUUGUUGGUCGAAGAAUUUGUA